AUGAACAGUGUUUAUGUUUCAAAAAGAGGAAUUGUUCAAGAAGAAAAACUUAUAUUUCCCAAAAAAUAUGAUAAGACAAAAAAAGAGACAGUUAGAAGUACAACUGGAUAUAGAAAAGCCAUUAUUGCUAUAUCAGGAAGUAAUACUUAUGGACAUUUUGUUGCAGAUCAUUUAUGCUCAUUAAUUUUGAUUCCAGCUUCAUAUUUUAUUAAUUCUGUAAUUCUAAUUGCUUUUGAUGCAGCCACAGCAAAAACAUACUUGAAAUGCCUUGGAUUACCUUAUCAUGAAGUUUAUUCAUUAACAGAUGAAUGGUUUUAUGUAUCAGAAGCGCAUUGGCUUAGGGCAAAAGAGCUAAUAAAUUCACUUAAUGUUGAUGGAUUACCGAAUCUUCAAAAAAAAUUUUAUAAUUAUUUUAAUCUUUCGGAAAUUGCUCCUACGAAGUACAGAAUACUUAAUAGAAUAAAGGGUAUAUGGGGAAGAAUCAAUAAUAUCGAAGAAUUGACAGCAUUAAUUCAAAAAAAUUAUCCGAAAUAUGAUUUUCAACGUCUAGAUGAUAAAGUUCCUUAUUCAAUCUAUACUUCAUCAAAACUUUUUGCAGAAACAAAACUAUUAGUCACAUGCUCAGGUUCUAUUGUUCAUAAUUCUAUAUUCAUGCAUAAAAACACAGGAGUUGUAAUUUGUGGCUCAAAUUUAAUUGAUUAUCCAGAAAUAAAUAUAGGAUAUUCUCUUGAUAUAUGGAUGAUUCAUACUUUAGGAAAUUAUCAACAUGGAACUAUUCCUGAACAUGAUUAUAAUAUAGAACCAGUGAUUCCUGCAAUAUCUUACAUGUUAUAUGCAUUUGAAAAUAAUAGAUUCCCUGCUGAUGCUUUCAAGAAGUAUCGCUAUGCUUAUAAUCUAACAGAUAUAGAGUUAAUGGUGCAAAAGGAACAAAAAUCAAUUCAAAAAUAA